AUGAGGAAGGUGUGGGAGCUUUGGACCACAGCCAUUCUCAACUCCUUGUCCAACUUUCUCGUCCUUCCCGCCAUCAGGAUAGCGCAUCGGCCUCCGCUUCGAGACGGUACCAUGGAAUUCCGUGUAAUGUUUGCGAUCUUCGGCCUCAUCUCUUCCAGCCUCUAUCACUUCUGCGAACCUCUGGGUAUCAGAGUCCUUAACAUGAACGACGGGCAGUGGCACCGGCUGGACAACGUGGCGGCCAUCAUGUGCUUCGUCAACCUCUUCGUCUACUUGUCAGAUUUCCGGGAGGAAUGGCACGGCGAGUACCUCAAGUACUUCAUGCUGGGGCUCACACUGAUUUUGCAAGAGAGCGGUCCUUGGGAGCUCAAGAACACUCUGGUGCCGAUCCUAAUCGCCGCAUGCUUUCCAUUCCUGAGGUACAUCCUGGCACGGAAGAAACCAGACUAUGAUUGGAGGAACUUCUACCUAGGAUGGGGCCUGAUGGGGGUUGCGUUUGUCUUCUUCGUCAACGGGUAA